UUGCGUUUCCGGUUGAAAUCAGUGCACAGCGACUAUGCAUGAGCUAUGUGGCGAAGACAACCGGUUUAGCUCUGUUAUGAAAGUGCGAAGGGAGGGCCUUAGUUAGUGUAUUGAAACCAAAGGAAAAUGGAGAGCGAGUUCGUUUCCUACUGAUAAACCAGGAAGUAUCUGGACCUUGUAACCAUGGUAGAACUUUUUCGAACAGAAAGACGUCAGUGUCAACUGUGAGGCUGAAAGGCCCAAGUCUUUUCUCCGCUGAGACCGUUGGAGUCUGCUCGACGCACAAACUAUUUCCGUAUAGUUUAGAAGUGGACUCACGCUUCCGACAUUACGUAUCGACACCAGAAGGGUCCCAUGGUUUGCUUGUGGUGUGCUCUCUGCCAUGCCUCCCGCCAUGACGGAUCAGCUGGAUGUGUGGGCGGACCCAGUACUGGAUGGAAACGAUCAGGUCGCUGUGGAUUUCCUGUUGCCCACUGGAAUCUACAUUCAGAUGGAUGUUCCCAGAGAGAGCACCAUCCAACAAAUCAAACAGAUGCUAUGGAAGCAAGCACAGGUGUAUCCUCUCUUCUCCUUGCUUGGAGAGAUGGAUGGUCACAUAUUCGAGUGUGUGAACCAAGCUGCAGUUCAUGAGGAGCUGGAGGAUGAGAGCAGACGUUUAUGUGAUGUUCGUCCAUUUUUGCCUGUCCUCAGGCUCAUUACUCGUAACUGUGGCCGUGCUGAACGCCUGCUUGACUCCAAGAUCGGGGUGCUCAUUGGAAAAGGGCUCCACGAACUGGAUGCUUUGCAGGACCAGGAAGUGAAAGAUUUUCGUAGCAAAAUGCAACGAAUUAGUGAAGAGAAAAUGCAGUCAGUGCAGAUGAUGUCGUGGGCAGAAUGGCUUCAGAGCUGCUUCUCCCCCCAGAUAGAGGUGGGACCAGUCGAUGGUUUAUGUGGUAGGAAUGAGGGCUGGAUCAAGAUCACCAUGCACUACAACCAGUCACAGGACACAACAAGUUUAAAAGUGCCACUGAGCUGUACUGUUCCUGAGCUUAUGAAUCAGGCUCUCAGAAAAUGGCUGACUACUCAUGGCUUGGGAGAAGAUGAAGACUGUGUUGAUGACUAUGUGUUAAGAGUCAGUGACAAGCUGGAAUUCUUGUUUGGAGAACACCCACUUAUGUACUACAGAUACAUCAGAUCAUGCUUGCUGUCACAGGAGAUUCCACAUUUGACGUUAGUGCAUUGUGAUAUAGUGAAGGCAAUGUUUGAGCGUGAGAUCAGCACUAUUGGCGCUGUACUCGCACGGAAGUCAUCAAAUCCUCCUUUACCCCUCCCCCCUAAGAGGAGAGGACCAUCUCAGUUGCAUACGUGCAUUUGGGAGGUUCAGUCUUUUUUUAAAAUCACUUUAGUGAAGGGCAUUAAGGUCAACGCAGAAGAGACAGCAAAGGUGCAAGUUCGUGCAGGCCUAUUCCAUGGUACAGAGCUCCUGUGUAAGCCAGCUGUUAGUAAUGAGAGCAGUGGUCGCUCUGAGCACAUUUGGAACAAGACUCUUGAGUUUGAUAUUUCUAUUUGUGACCUGCCACGCAUGGCUCGCCUCUGUUUUGCCAUCUAUGCUGUCAUGGACAAAGUAAAAAAGCAGAAAUCAACCAAGAACAUGCAAAUGAACAAGUAUCAGACUAUUCGAAAAGCUGGAAAAGUGCAUUACCCAAUAGCAUGGGUGAACAUGAUGGUGUUUGACUACAGAGGACAGCUAAAGACUGGUGAUAUCAUCUUACAUACCUGGUCCUCCUUUCCAGAUGAGCUGGAGGAGAUGUUGAACCCUAUUGGAACAAUCCAGACAAAUCCAUACACUGAAAAUGCCACAGCACUGCAUAUUCGUUUACCAGAAUACUCAGCACACCCGCUCACGUUUCCCCCAUUUGACAAGAUCCUGGAGAAAGCUGCUGACAUUGCUGGAUCCACUGACUCUAUGUCAAUGGGACGAGGAGGAAAGAAGUUCUACAUCGAGUUGAAAGAGAUCAUGGAAAGGGAUCCACUGUCACAACUGUGUGAAAAUGAGAAGGAUCUGAUAUGGACUCUGCGCUAUGACUGCAGAGAGAACUUCCCACAGUCCCUCCCUAAGCUGCUACUGUCUGUCAAAUGGAAUAAACAUGAAGAUAUGGCACAGUUGCAGGCAUUGUUGCAGAUUUGGCCUAAAAUAAGUCCUCGAGAUGCUUUAGAGCUACUGGAUUUUAACUAUCCAGAUCAGUAUGUUAGAGAGUAUGCAGUCAGUUGUCUGCAAGAUAUGAGUGAUGAAGAGCUUUUGCAGUAUUUGCUGCAGCUAGUGCAGGUGUUGCGCUAUGAACCGUAUUAUGACUGUGCCCUCACCCAGUUUUUGCUGCAGCGUGCCCAGAUCAAUCGUAAAAUUGGACAUUUCCUCUUCUGGCAUCUUAGGUCAGAGAUACACAUGCCAGCAGUAUCUGUGCAGUUUGCCCUGAUAUUGGAGGCAUACUGUAGAAGCAGCAUCCCCCACAUUGAAGUGCUUAAAAAACAGGUUGAGGCUCUUGGCAAGCUAAAAGCUGUGAAUGAGUUGAUCAAACUGGGCACAAUAAAAGCAAAGAAUAAAACUAAGGAGGCUCAGCUGAAGGAGGCCAUGAUGAAGUGCCUUAGACAGACAGGCUUCAUUGAAAUUCUGUCAGACCUUCACUCACCACUGAACCCCCACAUAUUGCUUGAUGAUGUCAAUGUGGAGAAGUGCAGGUACAUGGACUCUAAAAUGAAACCUCUAUGGAUUGUUUACAAUAACAAGCUGCUGGUAGGAGACACGCUGGGAAUCAUCUUCAAGAAUGGAGAUGAUCUCAGACAGGACAUGCUGACUCUGCAGAUCCUAAGGAUAAUGGAUAUACUGUGGAAGGAAGCAAACCUGGACCUCAGAAUUGUGCCUUAUGGUUGCUUGGCAACAGGAGAUCGCACAGGGCUGAUCGAGGUUGUGUCCUCUGCGGACACCAUAGCUAACAUCCAAAAAAAUAGCAGCAACAUGGCAGCUGCUGCAGCCUUCAACAAAGAUGCUCUGCUUAGCUGGCUCAAGGACAAAAACCCUGGUGAAGCUCUAGAGAAAGCCAUUGAGGAGUUCACACUGUCUUGUGCUGGUUAUUGUGUCGCCACCUAUGUUCUGGGCAUCGGAGAUCGUCAUAGUGACAACAUCAUGGUCCGAAGCACAGGGCAGCUCUUCCAUAUAGACUUUGGUCAUAUCUUGGGGAACUUCAAAUCAAAGUUUGGAAUCAAGAGAGAGCGUGUUCCAUUCAUUCUCACACAUGACUUCAUUCAUGUCAUUCAGCAGGGCAAAACUGGUAACACUGAGAAAUUUGGCAGUUUUAGGCAGUACUGUGAGGAUGCUUAUUUGAUUCUGAGGAAGAAUGGAAAUCUGUUCAUCACACUCUUUGCCCUGAUGCUGACUUCUGGGUUACCAGAACUCACCUCUGUCAAGGACAUUCAGUACUUAAAGGACUCUCUUGCAUUGGGUAAGACCGAUGAAGAGGCGCUGAAACAGUUCCGGCAGAAGUUUGAUGAAGCUCUUAGAGAGAGCUGGACCACCAAAGUAAACUGGAUGGCUCACAAUGUGGCACAUCCCUCCUAACACCCUUAUACCAACAAGGAUCUAAGUUUAGGAGAAAGCUUGAACACAUGGUUGAACCAAUUAUACACUAUGUCUUAUAAAAAAAAAAGUUGUGAAGACCAUUAAAUGGUUAAAUGCAACUUACUCAAUGCAGUUAGCACAAAAAGCUUUCUGAUCUUAAGGAUUUUCAUGACUUUGAAAGAGAAACUUGACUUUGAUGGAGAUUUAAAAGGAGGUGCAUGAUUAACAAAGGGAACAAAGGAGAAGACAACUGUCAGCUCACCCCAACAUGAAAAAAAGCAAUCUUCCACAUUUCAAAAUAUUUUUCCACAGUAAGAAGCACACUGACAGGAACAAGCAUCACAAGUAGUUUUGUUUUUGAUUUACUACUGAAUGGAUCUUUUUUUUUUUUUAUUGUCAUGCCACCAUCUUGCAGCUGAAAUAACUCUUUAUCUGCAAAUGCAGUGACAGUGUCCUGGGACCACGGAUUAGAAAAAAGAAAUGGCACAUGGAGUAAAACUGAACUUGUUUUUUCAUGGAACUGGAAACAGAAAUAAUGACUCUGAAGGCUUGUAGAGCGAACUUGAGUGAAAUUGUUAUUGAAGAAAUAGUUAUAAAUUAUUCUUACUUGUCAUUCCAACUUAAAGCCAGAAAUGACUAUUGAAACAGCAGUACUUCUUGCUGCCUGCAAGCUAAAACAGUGAUGAACAUGCAGUUUGGAAUCUAACAGUUUGUAAGAAUACGUUUUUACCUGCCACCAGUUAUUGUUCAUAUUUUUUUUUGGGCCUCAAACUUAUUGUGUUCACUUGUAUACAAAGUUGAAAAAAAUCAGAAGUAUAGCCCACUCAUUGUUUCUUUGACAAAACCAGGAGUUAUUACAUUAUUGUGACAGCCAUUAGUUAAUUGAAACAAGCAAAUAUAAGAAUAUGGCUUCCCCUAAAUAGUUUCAUUCAUGUUGUUCAUACUGCCAAAAGAAUGAUUUUUAAAGCAUUUACUGCUAUUUGCUAUUUUUAAAUUCACAAUUACCCAAUAUAUUAAUGAGAUCAGAAUGCUGGAGCAAGAAUCAAAUAAUAGUAUUUAGUUUAGAUAGAUAUUUCAGGGAUUGUAACGUUCGGUAGGGCUCCACUGCCUUUAAAAGAAAUACACAUUGGAGCACAGACUCACCGAAUGCCAAAUGGGAUCUACUGUGCCUUAUACAAUGGAAAAAUUCUACUGUUCGUACGAGACUACUUAAAGCAAGAGGUUUCUAAACACUGGAAUUUAUUUGACCAUAAUUAUUUAAGGAUUGUUACAUGUUUAUAUUUAUUUUCUUCUUCUGAAAAGUUUAGAAUACUACUAAUAGACUGUAUCUGAGACUAGUGAGUUUACUCACACAAGCAUUCAGCAAGCAAAUCCUUUGUAACGCUAUGUCAGAGCUAAGAAAUAAUCAGUUCCCUCUCUUACGUCUAAUGGAGCUCAGUAGAUUCAAAGUAACUUUAUAACUUUACUAUAGCAGAAACGCUGUAACAAUGCACUAACACAGGCCUUUGGUGAUCUCAGAUAUGCUUUAUGUGAAUUAAGUACAGUUGACUACAAUCAUGGUUAUAAGAAAAUUCCUAUAAAGCCUAAACACCAUUUCAGUGAGCAUCUGUGCCCAUAGAAAAUUUCAUUUGUUUUCUAAUGCAAAAUGAUAUUUACACUGAAAUAUAGUGGUUUUAGAGGAUGAUUAUGCACAUGUCCAGUACACUUUUAUCCAAACAGUGUGAAACCUGAACCUAACCGAAACAAUGCAUUUUGUUUUUACUGUAGCAAAGAAAUUUUUAUGUGAAUAUCUAUACCAUACCAGUGGAUCUUUUAUAUUGUUGAUAACCUGCUGUGUAUCUCUAAUGCUGCUUAAAUUAUCCUUAGAGAAACAAAGUUUAAAACACAGAGGAAAAAAUUAAUUACCCAUGGCAUCUUUAAUAUACUGCCUGAGAGGAUAUUGGUGCAAUAUGAUGAAUCCUGUUCUGUGCAAAUUUGGGUUAAUGUGUAUGCACUACUGCUGCUGUAUAGUAUUACGCUAGCCUUCAAUUUUCUCACACACUGAAACUGUUUCUUUAUCUGAUUUUCUGACUUGUUCUUACUGAUUUUGUCAUAGGAAUGCUAUUAAAGUUUUGUUAUAGCAUUU